CUUAUUGCGGCUUACACUAUAAAAUAUUAUUUGGAUCUGUUGGACAGGUAUUAUGUAUCGUCUUGGUACUGAUUGGAUUCUUUGUACUUUAUUUCUGAUUUCUUCCGUUGCUUCAACUAACGCCAUCGAGAAGACAUGUUCUCCUAUUACUCAACUACCAGUUGUAACCGGAACAAAAUUGCAUGGAGCUGUGCUUGAAAAGUUCACAACUUCAGGAGUGGUUUCUUGUGCCAAGGAAUGCCUCUCAAGACGAGUGUGCCUGUCCUGCAACUUUAAUCUUGAUGACGGCACGUGCGAGCUCAAUAGUAAGGGUGGCACUGUCAUCAAUGGAACAGUGUCGUUAAAGACAGAGCCAAGCUACGUGUAUUCCAUGUCAUACAAUUGGCCACAGAAUAUACUUGGUGUUUGCCAACACCACAUCUGUGCUAUCAACUCGCGUUGUGCAGAAACAGCGGACGGUGGCUGGGAGUGUGUUAUCACAUAUUGCACGGAUCCACCUACUGUUGAAUAUGCCAAUGAUAUCGAUUCAUCUAUCAACCACGUCACGGUGGUAAACUGGUCCUUGACCCUGGAGUGCAUUGUGGGAUACGUACCAUGUGGAACUAUGACGUGUAACCCAGAUGGAACAUGGACUCGUGUGACUUGCAUGCCUGUAUCGACUUGUACCGAGGUACAGCAGCUUAGUCCCUCGUACACUGACGGAGAAUACUGGCUGUACCCACGACAACUGAAUGGCGCCCGAGUGAAGAUAUACUGCCAUGGUAUGAACAGUACAGCUUCUGAGUACAUCUCUCUGAGUACACCCUACUUCAUGGACGGUCCUAUGGUGGCGAAUCCUGGCUGCCUUGGGGAAGUCCCGAUUUUGAAUCCCAACCCAUCUCUGGGUUAUCAUGUCUAUACAAAGUUUGGAUUGAACAUCGAGACACUGUCCAUUAAAGUAACAGAUCGAAGAUUUUACAACAAAACAGCAGGCAUGGAUGCCAAUGUGGGCGUGGUCAAGGACUGCUACACCCUCCCAGACAGCGCAUGUGGCCCACGUGGUCGGGCAGUGAUGGACCUUAGAGGGACAGGAUUUGCUCUUGAUGGAUUGGUAGCAUGGACGGUCGUAGGUGAUGGUUGGACACCGAUUGUGACUCGGUCUUCAAAAGACCAGGUGAUUGAAAUACGCUGUGGAGGAAGAUGUGGCAAAUGCUCUCCUCAAGACACUCUACGACUCGUCAUGGUGGAGUCUGAUGUUCCACGAGACAAGAGUGCCCUGACACCACAAUGUGACCCUUCACAUACAAGACAGCCCUAACGGAUGGACACAGGAUGGGCCCUGUUGAGGGCACUAGCAUAUUCCAUGCAAUUCCUGAUAGCUGUGCAUACUAAAUCAUGAUUUAAUGUUCUUGAGACAUAGUGAGUGAUAAAGUUGGCUUUGACGCAAGUUGUAAAAGUAUGUCCGUUAAAUCAUGACGUGAGAGUUGAUUUGGGCUGAAAGACCGAAUGAUGCAGAUCUUAGAUGUUUAUCACUCCUGAUAAAGGGAACCUGGGACUCACGACAAGGAUCAAAUAUGUAACUGGUUCAACACCGCAGCAAACUAUUACACACUAUUUUGCCAAUAAUAGGAAUAAAAUAACUACAAUAAUGAAAAUAGUUUUCAUGUGGAGAACUCCUUGAAAAGGUUUUACAUGAUCUCCAUAUUGCUAGAGGGGCAGGGGUCCCGGGUGGCCCAGUCGUCUAAGGCGCCGCGAUUCGCUGUGCAGAGUUGGGCACGCGAGAAACCUAUGAUUGUGGGUUCUAGUCCCGAUCCGUCCCGAUUAUGUUUCUAGG